GGUUUCACAAAGGUAAACUAUCCAGUGUAACUCUGAAGCCUGACGUGGAAAAAAGGACUUCUAUUUUCUGUCCCUCAGGAACAGAGUUAUGCUGAGAACGUGUGAGCAGAUAACAGCCUAAUUCAAAACCUCAGGCCAGAUGUCUUCAGAAUUAUGCUAUCACUCAGAUUAGUCAAAGCAUAAACAAACACUUGUGACUGACGUAGCUACUUCAAAUAGGCUGAUGCCUCGGUCAGCGCUACUCAUUUCGGAACAGGCUGAGAGAAAGCAGAAUCAAAAUGAAGACGUUUCUUGUGUGUGUCUCCGUUUUGAUCCUGAUGACCACUUUUACAGACACUUCCCCAGUUUUGGCUGGAAAAGAUGCCAAACAGAUUCUGAGAACUCGCCGUGGAGACAGACCGAGAAAAGCUGGUUUCCCUGAUGAGCCAAUGAGGGAGUACAUGCUUUACCUCCAGCGCCUGGAGCAGAGAGCAGAAGAACAAUUCCUUGAACACUGGUUGAACCCCCAUUGCAUCCCACACUGCAACAGGGAUCUGGUGCAUCCAAUCUAAUGGUCUUGCCUACCCCACAAAUGAUCUCUUUCUUUCCACAGAUCUCUUCAUGGCCACUGAAGAGGAUAUAUACCAUGAUUACGUUAAGGAGGAAAAGAUUAUUCCUGCAUUGUCUAUGUGCUCAUUGUAGAGCUGAACCUCUGCAAUACAGUGCAAUCCUAGUGAUAGAGCAAAACCUCCAACUAUAAAUGGAAGUUUUAUGUUAUAGACCACCAUAUAUUUUCUACCAGUAAUGACUGCAUAUAUGAAUAAAUACAUCAAGGGUCUCCCCUAGUAUGCCACUUGGAGUACGAUGUUCAGCUGCUGAGCCCCCAGCAUCAGAACAAAGACCCGUUGAAGCGAGUCCAGAGGAGAGGGACUUUUUACAAGGGCCUAUAGGGACAGGCCAAGGGGAAUGGCUUUAACCUGACAGAGGGGAGAUUGGAAUGAGCUCUUAGGCAGAAGCUCUUCCCUGUGAGGGUGCUGAGGCACUGGCACAGGGUGCCCAGAGAAGCUGUGGCUGCCCCAUCCCUGAUAGUGUUCAAGGCCAGGUUGGACACAGGGGCUUGGAGCAACCUGCUCUAGUGGAAGGUGUCCCUGUCUGUGGCAGUGGGUGAAACUGGAUGGGCUUUAAGAUCCCUUCCAACCCAAACCAUUAGAGGAUUCUGAAGUAAGGGCAAGAAUAAAUCACUGAUUAGUGCCAGAGUAUGCUUUUUAAGGGUACAACUUCAGACUGUCUGAAGCAGCAGAAACUUAGAGGGAGAGGUUCAUAGAAAACUGGAGGUAUAACCAUGAAAAGAAGGCCAGCUCCCUAACUUUGGAGGAAUCCUUAAUUACAGUUUUCUAGGUUAAAUAACAAUAUUGUAUGAAGACAUAACAUUUAUGCAACACUGAUCUAUGUUUAAUUGCCUGAUGACUAUUUCAUGUAUUGUUUCAUAAUAAAAGCUUGAUGCAAACCCAUUUUCAGAUGAUUUUGUUACUUUAGUCUCCCAUACAAAAAUCACUGGAAGUGAAGCUUAUUACGGUGAAGUAGUGAGGAGAUGUCAGAGGACUU